AUGGGGGCUCAUUGUCAGGUUCAGCCGGGGGUGAUGGGGGCUCAUGGUCAGGUUCAGCCGGGGGUGAUGGGGGCUUAUUGUCAGGCUCGGCCGCGAGGUGCGGGGGACACCGGCUCAGGUUCACACUGGCCGGGUAGGAGUUUGCAGCCGCAGCCGGGGGCGCGGUUCCCGGGCGCAGCAGCGGGAGGCGCUGAGCGCCGGGGUCCGGAGCUCCCGCGGAGCCAGGCGGCGGGAGGAGCCCAGCGCGGCCACCGCCUCCUCCGGCCGCAGGCUCCUCCUCUCCCCCCGCCUCCUCCGUCUCGUCCGCCCGCCCGCCCAAUCGGCAGCCCUCGGCCCAGCACAACCGGGCCGCUUGUCUGGCCGGCGGAGGCUGAGCGCGACCUUCGCGAGCCGUGGCGCCCGCCGACCUGGGGCAAGCGGGACUCCUGGGACCCCGCUCUGCCCCGCGCUGCCGCUGCCUCCCUUCGUGACGGGGACGCUGGGGCGCGCGCCGCCGGGGCCGAGGCUCCCUUCCUCCCGGAGGGGAAGGAGCGGAGAAAGCCGAGCGGCUGCUCCCGGAGCAAGCGAGCCGAGGCCCCUGCCCGCGAGGCUCGGGGCUGGAGGAGGCGGAGGCGGAGGCGGAGGGAAGUGCGCGUCAUUCCCGGGAGGAGAGCGUUUCACCUCCAGGCAGAGAGAGGCUGCGGCUGCCAGUUGCAUAAAAGCGGCGGCGGCGGCGGUGGCGGGCGCGGGGCUCCCGGGGCUCUCUGGCAAUGGAGAGAAGAUCCGGACCCGGGGACGCUAGGAGCUCGGCUCCAUCUCUUUGGACCGCGGUGUAGGCACCUGGAGUAA